UCCAGGCAUUUUUUCCUUGCCAGUGAAUCUCAGAAGUGUCCAGAAAAAAUUAGGCACUUUAUUUCAUCACAAUUAGGACGAAAUGUACACCGAAAACGGCAUGAUGGACAACUAAAAUCCACAAAACGAGAGACUGGAAGAAGAAAUCCCUUCCUGGAAGUGAAAUUCUACCAGGAUUUGGUCUUCCGAGAAAAUCCGCCUCACCGCAUUUCAGCACAUGGAAAAUCUAUGCAGUCAGUUGCGUCAGUGCGGAGCAUUGGAAGUGUGUCUGGUAUCUGGCAAUCGCACACAAUGCACGCCAGUCGACGUCAUGAGAUCUGGAAGCGUGUGUGAGAUAAAUCUCGCGGCAUUUGAUGCAUUGACCCCGUGCGUUUUGGUGCCACAGACACAAUCGCCGUCUGCCUCCCGGGGCGCAUGAGGGGCAGCACACCACGCACACGAUUGCCUCAUGCCCGGAGAGAAGCUGUGUGUUGCAACCAGCGGCGCCAUGAGUGCCAACUUUGCCUCCUGAGAGCGGCUGCGAGAGCAGAAAGUGCAGUGCUGGUGCUGCAAUUGGCGAAGAAAGAGAGCUCAUGAGACUGACAAAGAGAAGUGAAUUUCAAUUUCCGUGCUUAAAGUGUUGUUGAACGCGCGAUUGUGCUGUGAAAAAAAGGAUACUUAUAUUUUCUCCACGGUCUUCUAGGGGAAAAGAAGGACACAGUGUGUGUGUGAUUAGCAAUGAAGUGAGAGACUCUGUGUGCGCGGAAGAGAAUGGGGUCAAUCGACAGUCACACGAGUUACACGGAAAUCAGGCGGCACAGCAUGGAUGAUGAGGAGCGUGUGGGUGGCGCAAGCAAUCGCUGGACUCUGCCGCGGCGUCGGGUUCAGGAGGCGGCGGAUAAUGACAAGAUUAUAGGUGGCAGCUGCACGAUCGGCAGGCACCGUGGCACCAGCAGACUCCCGCAAUCCGGCGUGGAGUCGCCACUGGAGCGCGGCGUGGGAGUGUACUGCACAGUGAGGACCAGAAAAGGCGAAGAGGGUCACGAGAUUGUGACACGAUCGCAGUCAUUCACAUCGGACACGAAUGAUGGCACAGUGACGCCCGAUAUUGCUGACACGCUGAUGGAAUUGGACGCGUAUUUGGACGAGGUGGAGAAGAAGAGCGAGUGGUUGCCGGGCGGCGGAGGCGGAACAUUGCCGAAAGUAAUCAGCAGAAGGACAACUGGCGCUGACGGUGCUUCGCGUGGGCAUCCGUUUAGGUGCACCAUUGCCUCUGUGCCGAAUCGCAACACUUCCGGACCACCUGGUGCCGAAGAAUCACCGGAGAGACGAUGGAGGAGAACUUCAAUGAGAAAAACCCGACCGAUUGCACUGCCUGAGCGUGUGGAGGAUUGCCAGGAGACUGAACAGACGCCGAUGGCUUCGGAAGCGGAGUUGAGGGACUUUGUGGCGUUCAACAGUGUCACUCUGAGGGAGCCUCAGCUGUGUCCCGUUCGCCCAGCGCCGCUGCCGCCCGUGCACAGCCUCCCAAUCACACCGACUCACGUGGCGCUGACUGAAGUGACCGCCGAGGAGCGCCCCAGACAGCUGGGACGGCGCGCGGAGAUGCAGUCGCGCGUGGUGGCCAUCAAUGCGGAGUCGCCGCAGAUCAUCGUGUCGCACCAGCGCCCCGCCAGCGCCCCAGCGCGCGUCCCGUCGGAGGUGAGCUCUGUGGCCACAUCGCGGAAUCCCAGUCCCACGGCGUCCACCAUCUCCAGUUCGGCGUCCAGUUCAACGGCAUCGGCAGAAGCCACGCCACAGAGACCUCGACGCAGCCGGUCGUGCUCGGAAGAGGAGGACACGUCGUCGCCAGAGAUGGAGGAUGUGGUGGGCCGCAAAGGUGUCUGGCCACACAAUUUCAGUCGCGCCCUGGCCACAAUGGGAUGCACCCUGGGACUGUUCAAUUUCUCCAGAUUCGCCAUCAUGAGUGUCCACUUUGGUGCCAACUUCAUUCUGCAAUUCCUCAUCCUGUCCGUGGUCUUUGGCAUCCCAAUGCUGUGGCUUCAGAUGAGUCUGGGCGCCAAGAUGAGGGCCGGAUGUGUGUCGAUGUGGCGCGUGAGUCCAAUUAGCCGCGGGGUGGGUGUGACGCUGCUCCUGGUGCAGGGACUGAUCACGCUGUACUCCGCCGUGUCCGUGGGCUGGCUGCUGGUGUACUUCAGGGACUCCUUCGUCGCCCGGGACGAUCGGUAUCGCUGGGAGGAGGCGUUCGAUCUGUACAGAGGCGCGUCGAAUGACACACGACUGUCUGACACAGUGCCAGAGUACUUUAACGGUGUUGUGCUGCAGCGAUGGCACCUGGGCGCCGCCGGACGUGCGGGCAAUGGCUCAGGAUUGGGUGCGGUGCGCUUCCAGGUGGCCUUUAAUCUCUCCAUCUUCUGGACACUCGUGUUCAUCGUGCUGUGUCGCGGCUUGCGCUCAUACGGGAAAUUUGUCUACGCUCUGGCGAUUCUGCCCACGCUGGGAAUCACGGUGUUGUGCACAAAGUUGCUCACCAUGAUUGACUUCACCAGCUUCCAGAGCAUCUUCCCGGCCACGGACUGGCAGGACUUCUUCAUGAACUCCCAGAGCUGGAUGUCGGCGGCACAGGAGACUUUCCUCACGUGGGGACUCGCGGGGGCGUCCGUGGUGACGAUAUAUAGUCGCUCAACGGCACCCAAGGGCUCCAGUUCGCGUGACUUGCGACGGGACGCCUUCCUGGUGGCGCUCUUCACCGUGUACGGCCUCAUGAUGGCGGCGCUGAUGGGCAACAGCUGCGUGCAGAUUCUUUUCAACUAUGGCUACCUCUACUUUCCCGGCUCCUAUGAGAAUCUCGCCACGGACGUGUUUCUCUAUCCGCGAGAUGCGCCGCUGCCGCCACAGAUUGUCUCUGUGCCGUCCAAGUGGCUGCCCAGGUACUCCUCAGUCGUGGGCGAGAGCUUCCGGCGGCCCGGCAUGGUGCCAUCCCGCGAGAGUGGCUACCAAGUGCUGAGACUCGUGACGGAACUCUUUCCCGCCACACUCGCGGCCGCCUCGAGGGUCAACAUCUCGGCGGUGUGGAGUCUUCUGGGCUUCUUGGUGCUGCUGCUCUUCGCCCUGGCCCAACUCAGUGCCAUGUGGAAGCCCAUCGCCAUCUCGCUGGGCGAGUCGCCGAGUUCAGUGCUGCUCAGCUGCGUCACGGGCCUGCUGCUGGCCAUCCCGCUGGCCACAGAGAGUGGCAUCGGUGUCAUCCACUUCCUCGAUGUGAUUCUGGGUGGCGCGUGGUGGCUGAUGCUGGUGUGGCUGGCGCAAAUCGUCGCCAUCUUCCUCAUCCGCGGCCGACCGUACAGCUCAGAUCUCCUGGUGACAGAUCUCCACCUCACACAGACCUUCUCCGCCUUCAUCGCCUUCGCGUGGAACGUGCUGCUGCCCAUUGGACUGAUCGUCCUCGCGAUCUUCGAGUACAAAGUGUCCAACGCCAGGGAGUUCUUCCACUGGCGCGGCACCAACUACUGGCCGCUGUGGGUGAGGAAGGUGGGCGGCUUCCUCCAAGUGGCCAUUCUGCAGAUAAUCCCCGUGGUGGCCAUUGUGCAGAUCUAUCGAUACAUCACCAAGGGACCACCGGACAUUCUAGACCGCAUACAGCUUCUCUAUCGUCCUGAGGUGGACUCCGUGGGCCGCGUGAGGAAUUUCCAGCGGCCAGACUCACACAGACCUCCGACUUCUCCAGCUGCCGUCACGACGAUCAAUCUGGAAAAUCAUCAGAGUAUCCAGGACGACGCGCCGCCAAAGUACACUCCGCCGCCCUCGUACACCACAGCCACGGGCGCCAGGAUUGCCAAGCUGCUGCGCCAGAGCAUUCGCAGGAGCGUCCGGAGGUAAGGAUAGAACUCAAUUUAGCCACCUGAUUCCCAUUUAUUCCUCGAAAAUACUCAGAAAUACAUGAUUUUCCUUACUUUGCUCAAAAAUUAACAAGAUCAUUAGGAAUUUUGAUUGCUUAGUUUUCUUGAAAUGCUUCACAAGGCAAAGGAAAUUUAUUAAAAAUUAGAAUAUGAGUUACUUAUUGGUGGUUUGAAUCUAGUCUUCUAAUGAUAAUCCGUGAUAAUUACAUAAAAUUGUAGCGCAGAUUAAGCUGUCUUUACCUGUAAUCAAAUUCACUAUUAUCGCGAUGCACUAAAAUACAAUCUUUCACACUGUUUUUCCGCGGAAAGAAGCACUUUUCACUAAGAACUUAAAUGUUGUUAACACACAUUUCUGCGCUGAUAUUUAUUAAACAAUCACACGAUUCACGAAACACGAAUAAUCAGCCGAAUUUGUCACAAGUGAACGAAUAAUCUGGGUUUAUUAAUUAAUCUGUGUAGGACUUAUGAAAAGUAUGUUAAGAGACAAAUCGUUCGUCUUUUUAGAUCAAAUUUAGGAUAAUCACAAAGGAUAAAUUAUCACUGUUUAGAUUCACAGGCACUAAAUCACAACAUAAACGCUGUCGUUUAGUCUUGUUGAAAUUUGCAUCACGUUCUAAUGAUAACGCAUGAGAAUUUGCGGGCGCUUUUCUCUGAUUUUUUGAAUUUCCAAGUGAAGCUAAUUUGAUUCUUAUGGAAUGAACAUAAAGAAUGUGGAGUGAAAUUAUUAAAAUCCUGCGAUUGACAUCACUUUGGACGUGUUCUUGAAGCUUCAAAAUUAUGCAAAUUUAUUGAUAAAUUACUAAAAAUUCUCUCUCU